UUUUUCCUCAGUUGAGAAGACACAAAACUCUCGAAUUCUAUUGGCCAAACAACAUCAUCUAUUAACAUUUCAUCAUGCAAUAAAAAAGACGAAGCAACAAAGCAAAGAAACUGAAAAACCGUGAAAACAAUCACUUCAUACUGCAACUUCUCACGCGCCUCUCUGUAACUUCCGCCACCACUUCCGGCACAAAUCGCCACCGCUUCCGGAACAAAUCGCCACCACGUCACGGUGUCUACAAUCUCCGGCCAUCGGCUAAUUGUGGUUCAGAGCUUGCAUUGUUCUACACGUAAGAUUUGCAUAACGGGUCUAGUGGUAGAGAAGGAAAUGAAUUUUGCUAUGGUGGGUUAGGUUUCUAGUCUGAGGAAUCCCGGAGAUAGGGAAUUGUAGAUUACGAGGUUGCUUGUGAGUGAUGAUGAUGAUGGGUUUGUUAAGUACUAAAAACAAGCACGUGAACAUUUUAAUUAUUGGUGUAAAAUGGUUUCCUUUGAGAUGAAUGAUCGCAAGAAGAUUGGAUUGGGAUUAACGGGCUUUGGUAUAUUUUUCUCAUUCCUUGGCAUUAUAUUCUUCUUCGACAAGGGUUUGCUAGCAAUGGGAAAUAUCCUCUUUGUUUCUGGAGUAUCCCUGACCAUUGGACUGAAAUCCACCAUGCAAUUUUUCAUGAAACGUAGUAAUUUCAAGGGGACAGUUUCAUUUGGGAUAGGAUUCUUGAUUCUUAUAUUGGGAUGGCCUAUUUUGGGCAUGAUUGUGGAAUCUUAUGGGUUCCUCGUACUCUUCAGUGGCUUCUGGCCUACACUGUCGGUUUUCUUGCAGAAGAUUCCUGUUCUUGGUUGGUUUGUUCAACAGCCAUAUAUUCGAUCUCUGUUUGAACGCUAUCGAGGUAGGCGGGUGCCUGUGUAACAGAUCUGGAUCUGUGGGAACAUUAUGUAAUUGCUAGCAAACACAUGUUAGUCCAUGUAAAGAAAUUACUUGUUACAGAAACCUAACUACGAACUGUGUUCUCAUUUUAAUGGUAGAAAAUUGUCAUUAUAGUCCUUUUUAAUCAAAAGAUGGAAAAAUCAGUUCUUGCCCAGACUUUA